AUGAAUAAAUUACCUAGUGACAAUCGUCUACAAAUUGCCCGAAAAUCGUCGGGAGACGUUUGGAAAAUUAAUGAGUUGUUGGAUACAAUAAAAACUAAGAUUGAGGCACGGGAGAUAAGUGAAGGAGUGCAAUCAAGUCCACAGCCACAGCAUGGAAAAAAUUCAGGAGGUCAGCACCAAACACCCCGAAUACCUACGGUGAACGCCUUUUCGACUCAAAAUACUUCAGGUAAACAUAUUCAAUGUGUUUAUUGUAAACAGCCGCACUUUUCGGCAUCGUUUGAUAGAGUAACUGAUGUGAAUGAUCGCAAGAGUAUAUUGAGGAGAGACAAUCGUUGUUUUGUAUGCCUGCGAAUUGGGCAUCUCAGUAAAAAUUGCGAGUCAAAGAAGAAUUGUAGACGUUGUCAUGGGGCUCAUCAUCAAUCGAUUUGUGAAGUGAUUAAGUCAAGUUUUACGCCUUCUCAACAAAAGAAUGCAAAUGAUCCCAAACUUUCCCCCACUGGAAACAACCUACCAGAAACCAAGGAAGGAAACAACGUUCGCACAGCUACUAUGAUUGAUGGAGAUAAUUACUUAACGACGAAUACGGCAAAAACGCGUGUUACGUGCGUGGUCCCGAAAGAAUAA